AAAUAAUUAGGGGAUCUAUGGAUUAAAUAAACCUAAGUUUUAUGACAACUUUCUCUCCUACUUAAAUUAUAUUUUUAUUUUUUCUCUUUAUUAACUUGGGUUGUCAAUACAUACUAUUCCUUCUAAAAACAAAGCAACAAAGAGUGUGAAACAACAACAUAGCUCACUCUCUUGAUCAAAGUAAGAAAGCACUCAACCAUGCCUUCUCCUUCCACCUUCCUCCCACUCCAUCUCCUUCUCCUUUUCACCCUCUUCUAUCUCCACGUUCAAGCAACGCUCGUCAUUCCCGAAGAAGGUUACACCAUCACCACCAUACUCGACGGUCACAAGCUUCACAUAAACCCUUUCUCCAUUCUCCAACGACCCAUUUCCUCUGAUCUCAUCGUUCUUGAUUCUACAAACAGCACUUUCUACACUGUCCAAUUACCCAUUUCCCAAGAAAGUGUUUUCAAGAGGUUUUCUGGAAAUGGGUCACCUGGAUAUGAAGAUGGUGAUGUGGGUUUAGCUAGGUUUGAUAAACCUAGAAGCUUUGCUGUUGAUUUUAGAGGGAAUGUGUAUGUUGCUGAUAGGGUUAACAAGGUGAUAAGGAAAAUCAGUACUAAUGGUGUCACCACAAUUGCUGGUGGGUCUUCCGAAAAGUCAAGCAUCAAGGAUGGACCAGCACAAAAUGCAUCAUUUUCAAAUGAUUUCGAGCUAACAUUCAUUCCGGCCCUGUGUGCCUUACUGGUGUCGGAUCAUAUGCACCAGUUGGUCCAUCAGAUUAAUUUGAAGGAGGAAGACUGUACCCUUGGAUCUAAAUCUGCGCUUGGUGCAGUUAUGACAUGGACUCUAGGGUUAGGACUAUCUUGUAUACUCGGCCUAGUGAUUGGCAUUGUGAUCCGCCCUUACAUCAUCCCUCAUGAACACACCAGCCGUUGCCAUUUCACCGCGACAUGGAAGCAUUGCCAAACCAAUCUGGUGAAGCUAGUACCGACACUCUACUCCGGCAUCAAAAGCGCAGUUGCUAGCUGCGGUUGCUCCUCGGUUUUCACGGUCGCAGUGAGACUUUGGGAAUUGAGUCUUUCUCUUCUUGUUCUCAUGUUUAAUAUUGACUUCGUUUCUCCAAGGCGGCCGCACUUGGAGUCCGUGUCUUUGCUAGAUUUAGAUGCUUACAAUAGUGGUGAGAUAUCAAAGUCAAGUAAGUAUUUUGACCAAUUGAAGGAUUUGAUGAGUUUUGAUGAACACCUAAUGGAUUCAACCAAGGAAGCCUUAAACCAAGGAAAGGGUACCGGUGUUAGGAUCGGACCUAAAGAUAGUAACAUUCUUCAUCAAGAAUCAUCUGUUUCUAAUUUGGGAAUUGUGAAGAGGAGAUGAAGUUUGUACUUGUAUGAUGGUACUGUUUUAUGUAAAUAGUAUGCAAAUAUUUUGUCAUCUAAACAUUAUCUUUAUGUUAACAACCUCAAAAGGCGACAAUUUUCACAUUGCACUUUCUUCCAA